UCAUCCAGCCUGUUCUUGAACAUCUGCAGUGAUGGGGAGUCCCCCACCUCCCUUAGCAUCUGUCCUGGGAGUUCGAGAGCCUUCCCACCAGCUCACCUGGAUCUCCCUUGCUGCUGGGCAAGUCUGUUACUCCUUGUCCUACCUUCACAGGGUGCGGAGAGCAAUCGGUCUCUAUAAGGGCCCUUCCCAGAUGUGACGGCUGCUAUCCUGUCCCUCCUCAGGCUGAAGCCUAAAUGUGCCCAGUUUUUUUUUAAACCUUUCCUCAUAGGUCAUGUUUCUAAACCUUUUAUUGUGUGUGUUGUGCUCCUCUGGACUCACUUCAGUUUGUCCCCAUCUUUCCUAUGGUGCAGUUCCCAGACUUGGGUCCAGUACUCUAGCGCCGCAUAGAGUGGGACAGUUACUGCCUAUGUCUUCCACGUAACCUCCGGCCUCCCUUUCAGCAGUACUGUGACCCUGGUCACUUAUUGCCCCUUUUGUAAUUGGACAUUUGAUUUUUCCUUUCUACAUAAAAUACAUUGCACUUAUCUAUUGAAUUUCAUCUUGUUGAAUUCAAUCACUUCUCCACUUUGUCAAGGUCCUUUUGAAUUCUAAUCCUGUCCUCCAAAGUACUUGCAACAUCUCCCAACUUGAUGUCAUCUGCAGCAUUUAUAAGCAUGCUCUCUACUCAAUUUUCCAAGUUGUUAAUGAAAACCUUGAAUAUUACUAGACCCAGGACUGACCCCUGAGGGAUCUCAUGAGAUUCGUCCUCCCCGUUUGACAGUGAACCAUUGAAAACCAUGGUGCACGUGGUCUUUCAACCAGUUGUGCACCCACCUUAUAGUAAUUACAUAUAGACUGCAUUUCCCUAGUUUGCUUAUCAAAAUGUCAUGUGAGAUGGUGUCAAAAACCUUAUUAAAAUCAAGAUACUUCUCCUCUAAAGCUUCCCCCCAUCCACUAGGCUAGUAAACCUGUCAAAGAAGGUAAUUAGGUUGGUUUGGCAUUUUUUCCUGACAAAGCCAUGCUGGCUAGUCCUUAUAACUGUUAUCCUCUAGGUACUUACAAAUUGAUUGUUUUGCCCUUCUUCAGUCUUCUGGGACCUUAACUAUCCUCCAUGAGUUCUCAAAGAUAACUGCUAACGGUUCUGAGAUUGCUUCAUCUAGUUUCUUAAGAACCAUAGGAUGAAUUUCAGCAGGCCCUGUCGACUUGAAUACAUAUGACUUUAUAUAAUAUUCUUAAACCUGUUCUUUCCCUAUUUUGGCUUAUGGUCCUUCCCCCUUGUUGUUAAUAUUAAUUGUGUUGAGUAUCUGCUCACCCUUAACCUUUCCAGUGAAGACUGAAGCAAAAUAGGCAUUAAAACAUUUCAGCUUUCUUGAUGUCAUCAGUUAUUUGCUCUCUUUUCCCACUAAGUUGAGGACCUACACUUUCCUUCAGCUUUCUCGUGCUCCUAAUAUAUUUCCCCUGGCACAUGUAACUCCUUUUGUGCCUUCCCCUUUCUGAUUUUGUCCCUACAUGCUUGUGCUAUUUUUUCAUACUCCACCGUGGCAAUUUGUCCAUGUUCCACUUUUUGUAGGAUUCCUUUUUGAUUUUCAGGUCAUUAAAAAGCUGUGGAUGGAGCUUUAUUGGCCUUCCUAUGCCCCUUUCUCUCACAUUGCCCUGGGCCAUAGCCCCUUGUCUCACCUCCCUGCAGAUCAGCUAUUGACCAUUCACGCUGGCCCUGUUAAAACACAACAGUGCAUGCAGCACAAGUACAGACAUGCAGCUUCUGUGCUACUUCACAAGGUAUGGAGUGUGACUGCAGCUUGAGCAGACAUACCUGAACUAGGUAGUUUGGGUCCUGGAACAGUGAAGCAAAAGCAGUAUGGUUUUGCUGCUCUGGGACCUGAGCUAGCUUGAUGAAAGCUAGCUUGGGUACAUCCCAGUUAUUGCAAUAUAUACAUACCCACCAUGUGGCCAUUCUCACUCAAGCUAGGCUAACUCCUGUGUAGAGAACGCCUAUUAAUUCUGCAGUGAAGCCAUAGCCUCAAGUGUUUCCAGCAAUUAUAAAUCCAGCUGUGCUAAGAACUGUGUGAAAGAGAAGCAGCAAGAGUUUUUACAAGCAGCCAGUUACAAAGCACAUCAUCAUCAUAAUUAUUAUUUGGCACUUACACAGUAGAUCUCAAAGGGCUUUCCAAGCAGUUACCAACUUAUCCCUUGGUAAAUGAGAUGCACAGGAUGAAAUAACUUGCCCAAUGUCUCACAGUGAGUCAGUUUCAUAUCCCUGUUGCCCACUCUCCCACUACUGCACUGGAAAUUGUUCCUGUCCUCGCACAGAGUAUAUACAAGGACACUGCUGGUGAUGCUCUAGCUGCCUUCUUAUUUCAGGCUGCAGCGGGUCCCUCAUUAUUUGUAUACAGAAAAAGGAUCAGCCAUGAAAUGUGUAAGAAAAAGAAGCACUGCUGAGCAGUCCGAGACUUGUGGCAUCUGGCUGGACACUGCAAAGUUAAAGAAGCGCAAAAUACAGGAGAUUACAAUCCAAGUUAGAGGGCUGACAUGAGGAGAUAUAGCAUGGGAACAAGAGAGAUUGGCAGAGGGAGAAGCCAAGAGCAUUUUUACCUCUUCCCCCACCACCACCACCUUUUCUUUUUUAAAUGAGCCAUUGAAUUGUCUCAGAUGUGCAAGUGGGGAGUAUCCUAACAGAGACUAGCAGUGCAAAGAAACAAGGAAGGAUUUAAAGGUGAAGAGACUCUUGUAUCCAAGCCAACUUCAAACAUGCCAAAUCCACUUCUUGAGAGGAACUAUAAUAGUCACAUUUCAGUUAAUUUUACUCAGACAAGACUUUCCCAGCCAUACACCAGGCAAACUACCAUCUCUUCGUUCUUCAGCAUUCAACCAACAGAUGAAAAGGAUGAUGAAGAAAACUUAAAGACAUAUCCCCUUAUGUCAAAUAAAGGAAAGGACUCGGAUUUCUUGGCUGCCUCCUCUAUGAAGAACUCUGAGGCUGCUAAGUUAGAGGAAGCCCAGGCACCAAUCUUGAGCCCUCAGGAGGACAACAUUCAGGAGUGUAGCCAGCCACCUGUACAAAACACACAAGGCUUGAACAUUCCCCUGCUGAACUAUACCUUCCCACAAGCACAGUCUAACAGCAGGAGUAAGUGCACAGCCCUUGCAAGGACCUCGGCUGAUGAGACAGAAGACUCUCUCUCCAUAAACUUCACCCAGGAUUCAGAGGGAAAUAGGGUUCUAGCUCACAGGAAUUCAGCUGACUCAUUCACUGGAAGAAUUUCUGUAGCAAAUGAGAGAAUUUCAAGGAAGAGAGAGAGUUACUGUAUAGGUGAGAAAGAGGGCCAUUUGUGCCACGAGAGGGGGAGAACUAGAGUGGGUCUCAAACCUAAACACCUGAUGAAGCAAGGUAGGAGGAGAUGCAAAAACCUGCCCCCUCGUGGAAUUUCUUUUAUGGAUUUCUUAGAGCUUGAGAAUGUAUGUCCUGCUCCCAAGGGUAAUGAAGGCCAGCAGACCAAUUGUCCUCUAUCCCAGGGGCAAACAACUAAAGAAGAGCUUUUGAGAGACAGUAGUCAAAAUUUUGCUGGCUUUUGGACAAGAAACUGUCACAAUAUGGCUGGUUCAGCAGAAGAGCAGGGGGCCAGUAACAGUAGUCCUACCACACAGUUGUUUACCCAGGAUUCAGAGGGAUACAGAGUCAUUUCUCACCAGCACUUCUAUGAGAGCGUCAGAUCGCCUUUGCAGAAAAAGUAUCUACAGGACAAAACCAACUUUGUCCAUAGAGUGCCUAGCCCACCCGCUGUAGGCUGCUUUAAGGUUUAUUCUUCAGGGGUACGGGACAGAACUCCUUUAGCUACUACAGCCGUGAAUUUAAGUGAGCCUGAGUCAUCCUAUGAUUUGUUAUUCACUGAGGAUUCAGAAGGAAAUAGAAUGAUCAAACACUGAUUCAGUAGUAGUUUUCUUCCUGAGUAAAGAAGAUGCUGAAAAAUUGACACUUUUUAGAUGUACAUGAAAAUUCCUCUAAAGCCUGCACAGUGCCUCACUUUCUUUAAGAAAGAUACAGGGAAUAUGUAAGUGUAAACACUGCAUAUACAGCCUUUGGCUAUGAGUGGUAUAGACCCAAACCCACAGGCUACUU